AUGGCGCUCCAGUUCAUCCUCACUCGAGUCGUGCCCGCCAUCACACAGCGGCUAUCCUUCGUAAUGCGCGACACCACACUCACGUUCAGCGCUCUCCCCGGGACCAAGAUUGUUGUGAAGGAAGUGACCCUCACUGCGGCAGUCCAAUUCUUACAAACCGAGAAUGGGGACGACGGAGCAGAGCCGGUCCCACCCCGAGAAGCUCAAACGCAAUCCGAAGUCGCAACGUGGGGUACUAGAUUGCGAGAUGGCUUCCGGAGGUCUUUGGACAGGGCAUGGGGCUCGACACAAGGGAAGGGUUCUGUUACAUUCAAGGCCUCUCGUAUAGAAGGGACCAUGCCGCAAAGUAUCCGUGGAUAUAAAGUCGACAGGACCUUCCUCUCAAUACCUAACAGCAUCGAAUUAAGGGCCGGGAUGGACUUCAAUCCCCGGACCGGGGCAAUUGAACCCCAUACUUUGGAUAUCUCCCUCAGCAUGGACACCAUGGUCGGAGAAGUGGAUUUGCUCAAUCUACUGUUGACCAAGUUGAAACCUCCGAGUGUUCGAACGUCCUCUACCGACAAACGCAACUCGUCGUUGGCUGUUCUGGGUAAAGUCAUGUGUCGUAUCGACUGCAUCAAGCUAUCAGCUUCGCCGUCCUCCCCGUUCAAGUUAUACUCUGCUUCCUUUAAAUCCUUCGACCUCAUAUUUGGACUCGCCGAAACCGCCCGCAACGCAUUCCAUCACCAAUGGUUGGGGAAAAGAAUGCCCACGGAGAAAUUCGAUCCCGACACUUACGCACUCUCGCUUUCGUUUAAGAAGAUCAAAGCAGUGAAGCAAGGUGGUGGGUUGGGGAGUUUCCCAUUAGUCGCUAUAGGCCCUAUCACCUGCAAUGCCGUGGCGCAACAAUGGCCCGCACCCUUCUUGGUCACUUCUCCGCUCAUGAGAGGAGACCCCAAUUCACCCUUUGUUGGACUGUCAUUCGAAGUGGCAUAUCUCGAGGCCAAACAAACGCUGGUGGAGCUACGAGAAUUGUUGAACGCCCUUCCCAUGCGAAAACCAACCCCCACUGCUGAAGUACAGGCAUUAGGCAACGAUGUCCCGACCCCUACGCCCCUCGCACUUCCCAGAAUCGUUUUUCACUUUGGCUGCGGACCCAUGUUGGCCCGCCUGCUCUUCACGGCAAACACGGGCCAGGGGCAAGAAUGGCGUGCCCUUGAAGCGAAGACGGACGGCUUUGUCAUCAACCUACAGUCGGUCUAUCGGCUCGCGUCUACUUCAACGAAGAAGAUGUUUCCGGCAUUCACGUCUGUGCUGCCUGUAGAAAUGGAUGCCGGCUUCUCCGUCUAUGUCAAGCCAGCAUCCGUUCGCACCAGCUCAAUUGCUAUUGACCAAGACGAACAACUGGACGCCGAAGCCCCCUCCGUGUUCUCCAGUGGGGAAGUUGAAUUUGCGGGCACAGUGCGUGCAGUCGCGGAGACUGAUGGACCUGGAGAGGGCAUCGCAGUACUUGAUAAGGCGUCAAUAUCGUGCGACGGCCACCUCCGCGUCGAAUCAGUUUGCGUCGAACUGUGGAGCCCGGUAGUGGUGGAUUCUGUCCAUCAGUUCCUUUCCCUCAUUCCGCCCCCUCCUAUUAUUGCUGAAGAAGAUUUCCCUCCGACCUCUCAGCCACCUCCUCGAUUCCGAAAGCCUCCAAUCGGACUGGCGUUCACGGCAACCCUCAAUCAAUGCGUUGCAUUCGUCACUGCCCCAGAUAUCAACCCCAAUGACACCUACGAGCUGUCAAGAGGAUUGUCCUUCCGGACUGCGGUUGGGUUGGAAGCCUGCUCAAUCCUCCCGAGUCACAUUCAUUGGUAUCAUAAUGAAGUAAAAAUCGACCACAGGGCAAAGCUUCUCCUCCCACUUGAUUCGGUCCUUCAAAAUGUGAUGGCUGGGGGAAAGAAUGUGACUUCGGCACCGCAGCGAAGCUCUGCAUUCUUCAAGGUCCAUUUCCGCUCCUCCGCCAUUCGGAGCCUGGUCGCAACCCAAUUUGCGCCGAGUGAACCUCUCAUCAUCGAAAGUUUGGACAUCCCACCACUGCCUCAAGAUUUCGUACGCAUCAACCAUGUCCACGUGGAGGCUUGCAUCACCGUUGACCACGAUCCCGAAGGUCGCGAUACUUGCAACAUCUCAGUCCAAGCACCCUCUGUCCGCGCUGAUUUCAAACUUUCUCAUGUAUACAGCGUGCUUCUCGCCGUUCAGACCCUAGCUAGUCUCCAGGCACGGCGAACCUCGAGAAGUGCUGCUGCCAAAGCAAAAAGUAGCUUGGAGGUCCACCUUGAGGCGACUAUCACUAAUUUCCAGGUGUACUGGACCCUUCCCCAGAGAAACGUCGUCACUCGGUUUGAUGGCUUGAGUGCGCGGCUUGCCCCCAGCUUGCCCCCUCAGGUUGGCUUCAGCCAGGCUGCCUUGUUCGUCCCCCUCCCGAGUCGAGUUGACAGGUGGGAAUCCGAAACUCCUGGCCGAUGGGGCGAACUGCUGAACUUGCAGAAGUGGGAUGCGACUAUCAUCCUCGAUAACCCCGACCCAUCCAUAUCUGUGACAGGUCAGAGUGGUUGCCUUCGAAUUCCUUCCGGAUUCGUGUUCUUCGACCUCGUCUUCGACAUCUCAAUCCUCGCCAAGGCCUUGAAACACAUAACUCAUAUCACUAAGGCCGGUCGUUUCUGGAACUUCCCAUCCCCUGCACCAGAGGGGCCCAAGAUAGUACCUCAUCUCAGCUUCCGCAUAGGAUAUCUCUGCCUGGAGGCUGAGGAUGAUCCGUUCGAAUGCAAGCUAGGUCGCAUCUUCCAAGCAGGUCUCGACGGUGCCAAAUCCCGGAUGGAUAGAGAAGCAGCAUUUACCGCCAAAGUCGCCGCCAUUCUCGAGCAACAAGGAGCAACAAUCCCACACGGUAGCGACCAAUACCAGUUCGACCCUCGACAUGCAGUUUCCAUCGAAGAAGCUCGGCAAAGGUUGGACAAAGUCCAUAUCAUCGAUUGGAAAAUGAGAAUCGACAGGCUAUCAAACAUUCGCACCAAAGCAGAAGAGGCCAACCUUUACAGACUGUUUGGAUCCAAUCGUCCAGCCUUGGAUGAGAUAGCACCGAAUCUUGUCCCUGUUAUUGAUCGACAGAAAGACACUUCACCGCUCAUCAGGAUGGCGCUCCACAACCUCAAUCUCAUCGUCGGUGGCCCAUCGUUCCCAUUGGAAGAAUUACCAACUUUCCUAAACACACAAGGGUCUGGAAUGCCCACAGAUACCCAAUACUCAUUGCUGAUACCCCUACAUAUUCAUUUCACACUCACUGCCUUUAAAAUCACUCUCCGCGACUACCCUAUACCCCUCUUCAACAUCCUUCCUCAGCUCGAUAAACCUGAGAAUACAGUUUUCGCCUUCGAUACGGACCUCGUCAUCGCGGAAGAAAUGGGAACUGAUCUUUCGACAGAGUGGUUCCAAUGUGCUAUCAUCGACGCUGAAAGUGCUCUCGACAACGAAGUCCCAUGGUCGAUUACAGUCCCGAAGACCAUCAUGCCGGUCAAGACUUACGCGAACCCUAUAAUCUCGGUGAAAUCGUCUCACCCCACUGUUCUUGCGUGGGGUGUCAGCUAUGGCCCAGCAAUGCAGGACGUGAUGCGCGUCAUCGAAACCCUGACCAGUCCCCCACAGGAUCCUUCCCCCGUUAUGGGUUUCUGGGACAAGCUACGGCUCAUCAUGCACUGGAAAGUCGACUUCCAGUUCGAGGGAGAUUUACAUGUUUAUCUGAAAGGCUUGCGAAGCCCCUACGACACCUACGGCCACGGCGCUGGUUUCGUGCUUGCCUUCCAGGGAAGCCCCCGCAUCAAAAUCGGGUAUGAGAAUGAACAAAAGGAACUCAUCCAGAUCACCAGCGAUCUGAUGUCCAUGGCUGUUCCUGACCUGGACAAUAUAGCGCCCAACAGCCUCUUUACACAUGUUGCACGCACCCUAGGGGUCCCCAGGCCCUUCAAGAAGACAUGGGCACGGUUGAACUCUGGCGUCCGUUUCGGCAUUGGUUUCCUACCUGAAAGGUCGUGUGGGGUCGAGUGCCUCAAAUGUCACGGCCUCCCAGUCGAAAGACAAUGUCGGUUGUUCACAUUCAAGCCCCAUUACCAAGUUACCCUCGAAAAGAAACCGAUUAAACCCGAGAUUAAGACUGACGGAGACACGUACAACGGGUUCCGCUCCGACUUUGUCCAUCUCUCCUUCUCCUUGGAAUCGUCAUUGAACAAAUCCACGGUCAAGGCUCGGGGUCCUCGUGACUAUAGCAGCCUACAUUUUACACCUCAGUUGUUCGCUCACUUCUGGGCAUGGUGCACUCUCUUUGGUGGCCCAUCAGGCCUACCUAUUCGCCAGGGCAAUUACUACCCGCCUAAACCUGUCUCUCCCAAACUCGGCAGACACAUGGCCACUCUCAAAUAUCGGAUAUCCAUUCCUCAUCUCUAUGUUAUGCACGGCUAUAUGGACGAGUCACCGGAAACGUGGGCCGACGGAGUGGAUUCGUGGAUUGGAGUAAAGGCCAUGGUUGACGAAUUUCAUGUUGACAUGCACCAGCGGGAAGAAGAGUCCAUCGUUCCUGGCCCAAUACCAGGUACAACCCGAAUUCUGCGCCGCAAACCAUUCAAUGCAGCCGAGGUGGUACUUAAGGGCCUCGAUAUGCGUGCUCUCGUCGCGGUUUUCGACGAUCCGCUGAAGAAGAGCGUUCCAUCGUCGGCGGCCCCACAUCGAAGCAACUACCGCAAGCACGCUGACCUACCCUUGACCAACCCCUCUUCUUCCUGGCACGAUAUCAACGACUUUAUCGAGCUGGACUGGCGACCUCAAGAGAACCCUCUUUUACAUCUUAUGCCAGUUGUUACUUGUCCGCGCUUCUCUUAUUUCAAGCGCAUUUCGGCGACGGAUAAUCGUUCAGUUGUCCAGAAGUUUGGAACGGAGGAUUCGCACGUUUGUCUUUUGGACAAGGAACCAUCGGCUCCCCGUGUACAAAUACUAUUGGCUUCGGCCAGGGCAGCAGAAUUGCGUCGACUAAUUCGAAAGGCCUCCACCCAUGCAGCCAGUGGAAUGGCCUUCGACCAUCAGACUGCGGAGAAGAUGGUUUCCCUGCUGGAAGAUUAUGUCACUCUACUGCAAGAUUUAGACGCCAAACUCGAACCUUCGCCAACAGACGAGAACUAUCACCUCCCUGCCGAAAUCAUUUCCAAAGAGGAAUACGCCGAAUUCGAAAAUGUCUACCACGUCCACUGCCCCAGCAUCUUCCUGGACGCUGCCAUCCGCGACAUCAUGAUGCAGUACUACUAUUGCUCAAGGGCAAGGAAAGGGUUGGAAUAUCAUAUGGCGACCCGUGCUGUCAAAUUCAUCCGGGACCAGGCGAAUGCAGCCAUCUCGAAUCCUGAUCCUAGCGAAGCUACGAGUUCCCCUCAGGCGGAAACUGUGAACAUUGCAACAGCAGCGCUGCGCAAGGUCCUCGGCAACAAGACCUCCAUCGAGAUCUCUCGAGUUCCCGAGUCUCAGAGUCUCGACGUUACUGAUCCUCUAGACGGCUGGGUCGAAGGAGUUUCACUCCGGAAAAGCCAUUGUUGCUUGCUGAUGAAGCCUCAGAUCGUGCUGCGAGGUACUGAAUCCAAGGAUACCUGUAUUGUAGCUGCCUCCCAAGCGAAACUGCAGUCAUUUGCCAUCAUGGAUAUUCUCAAUUCGGACGAUCCUGUCUCCGGAAAGAUCAUGUCAAGGAAUUAUACAUCCCUGACCGGCAUGCAAGUCUUCUCCCCCACCACACCUCUAGCCCUCGGGAAUACCAGCAUUCCAUUGGAGGUCCUCAUAGAUAUGCGUUGCGAGAGCACUCAAUUCGAGCGCCUGGUUCCGCAAACGGACGCGGUGUUCCAUUACGACAAGUUCAACCGCUUGCGCUUGCGAAACAAGGCUACCACAGCCCUCGCCCGGCCCGCGACGGACGAAUCUGGAACCAGUUCCUCGAACCAUCUGCAAGAUCAAACGGACUUACUUAGGGUGCACAUUCCUCGUUUCACUGUUUCGGCCACCACGGAGCAUUUCCAGGCCAUCUCGAACGUUGUCACGAAAUUGCUCCUCUUCUCGGACGCGGCGCACAAGACACGCUUGGAUAGACUCGAAACCAUGAUCUUCACCUACGACUUCAGGGACCUCCACUCCGCCUCUAACGUGAUAUCGAAUUUACAGAAGCGACUGCGUGACGUGGUGGAGACGCAGGAAACAACUGCCCGCAACGCAGGUAUCCAGAUGCGACGCCUGGACAACGAGCUAGAGAGAGAAAACAAGUUGCGAAUCAGGUUCCACAUAUUAUCGUUGCAAGAGGAACUCGGACUUCUCUUCGAUGCCAUCAAGCUCGCUCAGGAUAGGUUUGACGCGUCCGCCGAGCAAAACAAUGCCUUGCUCCUCCAUGCCUCGUCUAUUGAAAUUUCGUGGCGUAUGCUUGACGAGCGACGGAACCUCUUGGCUAAGCUUGUCGUGCAGGAUAUCAACUUCCACUGGUUGAAUCGUCAAGACAGCUCAACCGUCAACCACCUCACUGUUGGAAACCUGACGGCAUUCGAUGGUUCCCGGUAUGCCAUGUGGGCAGAGAUCAUAUCCAAAUAUGACGAACCGGCCAACCAUCCUUUGCUGAAGAAGGGUCUCUUCUGCUUGGCGCGAUGGACGAUCCUUGCACCUGUGGGCGGGAUCACCAUCUACGAAAACUUUGAAUUGUUCUUCCAUCCCCUUCGCCUCCAGAUCGACGCAAGAGUGGGGCAUAGGAUCAUGGAGUACGUCUGGCCAGCCCGGAAGGAAAGGCAACAGCUGCCAGGAGCUGCGUCAGAGCUUCCGAAGGGGAGCCCAAUCCGUUCCUCUCUGGAUUCUCCCCGUGGUGCCCAGCAAACCCAGAACAACAGUCUACCGGCUCCGCGAAGACUUGCCGCUUCUCGAUCUUUCACCGACCUGCGCAAUGUUCGCGACCAUGGAUUCCUCGCCGCGCCCGCCUUCCUCCACAAGAACCGUUCGAGUGAAUCCCUCAAUAAUGUACCAGAGCCUUCAUCCACUGGUGCGGAACCCGGAUCGAGCGAAGCUGCUGUCAUGAAAACGCGAUCAAAUCAGAAGAGCUUUGUGUUUGUCAGGAUAGCAAGUAUCUCCAAGGAAGGAUCCUUCGAGUGUCGAGAUGCUCAUAUCAAAACUCGAGACUUGGAGUAUCGCAAUCAAACCUGGAGUUUUGAAGAAUUGGUCAACCAGUUCAUUCCUUCUGACAUGGGCUGGAAGGGAUGGGUGAAGAUGGCCUUCCAUCAACCCUUGCUUCCUGUCCUCCCUGUUGCCAAAGAAUUGCUCUCCAAGACUAAAUGGACAGCCUCCAAGAGCGGCUCCCAGAUGCACGAUAGCCCUUUCAAGAUGCUUCACCCCCGGAUGAUGCUAGGUGCCGACGACGACGCUAGGCUACAGUUACUUCAAGGUGGCUCCAAGCCUGUCACCACCGCUAGCUCUAGUCCGAGCAACGUCAGUACAUCACGUAACUGGAAGAACCCUCUCCGCGGCAAGAACGAGCAACCUACUAUCAUUCCUUCACAGCCAUUGAGUGCUGAGCCUGAAAGCCUUCGUGAAACUGACGGCGCUGAAAGGCAACCCGAAGGGCGUAAGCGGGUGAAAAGCCUAUUUUCGAGGAGCAAAUCAUCCAAGGCAAAGCAAUCAGAUUCCUCUCGCUGA